AUGGCCCGUAGAACUCAAAGGACCAACCCACCCGAGGACGUGACCGAUCACCAUUUCUUGCAGUUCCCGCAAACUCUAAACAAUGCAACCCGGGCCAGAUAUGUCAACAAUCUGAGUCUGCUGCUUACAAAGGAGAUUGACAUAGCACCCUCCUUUGACUGGGAACUGGCGACCCAGACUGGACUUGCUGCGCUGAUCCAGGAUUUUUUGCAAUACACGCACUCGGACGCGAGUGGAGUGCAUUUGUUCGUAUGUCAGGGAUGGGCAAGACUAUUCAGGAUCCAGGAGCCUGUGUAUCGGGAAUUUUUGCUGGAGUUUUAUGCUACAGUUUCCUAUGACCUUAGGAAGACACUCAAUGAUAGGACAACCUUUUCCUUCAGACUAGGUGGUGUGAGCCGGGAGUGCAGUGUGAUUGAGCUUGCCACUCGAGUUGGGAUAUAUACAGCAGACGAGACGAGGAGUGUCUACUUCUCGGCAUUCCUUGCUGAUUGUCUCACGAGCUGGCCGGAUGACUACAAUGAAAACACUUUUUGGGCCGAGAUUACUGGGGGAGUGUACACACCAUCUACUGCACGAGAGAGGAUGACUCGAUCUACCACAUACAGAUUGCUGCACCGUCUGAUUUCCAUAUCUCUCACGCACCAUAAGAAUAGUGAGAAAGUGUCGUCUACAGACUUUUUUAUUUCGACGCGAGGUAGAAGUAUCAUCCCGGCUGCCACGACAUGGUUGACACUUUCCUAUGUCGUGGGCGAGUUUACAUCGUGA